AUGCAGAAUACAGUUGGCAAACUUUUGGAAAAAAUUGUCGCACAAAGAUUGACCACCUACUUGGAACUACAUGAUAAGUUCCCACCAACACUUGGAGGGUACAGGUUAAAUAAAGAGACAUGGUUCAAUGCUGCAGUUUUCGCCUACGAUGUGUACGAGGGAUUUCAGAUUAAAGAAGAGACAUGUGCGGCAGUGUUGGACUUAGAAGAUGCCUACAAUAAAGUACCAUAUGAUUAUUUAAUGCAAUUACUGCUUAAACUAGAAGUUAAUCCUAUUCUGAUCCGCUGGAUUGCUGCGGUCCUGUUCCAGAGAAAGAUUGUACUAAGAUGUGGUAGCUGGUCCUCUGAACCGCAAAUGAUAUGUCCAGGCUUGCCACAGGGAUCACCGCUAUCACCAGUCUUAUUCAACGUUUAUACGGUGAUGAUCACUGAGCAGCAGUUGAAUGGAAAGGGAAGGACUUUGUCAUUUGCUGAUGACAUUUUGAUUUAUCGAUGA